AUGCACGCCGAAACCAGAAAUGCCGAGGUCCUCAUCGUCGGUGCUGGACUCUCUGGUAUCUAUCAGUUGUGUUCCCUUGUUGGUCAAGGAUACAAUGCUAUACUGAUCGAAAUGGGUACUGAUAUCGGCGGGACCUGGUACUGGAACCGGUAUCCCGGGGCAAUGUCUGACUCAGGAGCGCCGUUCUAUCGAUUCUCUCAGGAUGACUUGCAGGAAUUCCCUGCAAAGAAUCGCUUUGUUAACCGAGAUGACAUUAUGUCGUAUCUGCGGUAUGUCGUCGACAAGCACAAGGUGCAAGAUCGUAUCAACCUGAACACCGAGCUACGACGUGCUGUCUUCGAUGAAGACUCGGCCACCUGGCGAGUAGAAACAUCUCAAGGACAUAUUGAGGCACGGUACUUGGUAUCAGCCAUGGGACUAUUGAACAAGACAAAUUAUCCCGACAUUAAGGGACUUGAUGAUUUUGGAGGCGAACUAUUUCACUCUGCCAGAUUCCCGACGGAUUUCGAAUUUAGCGACAAGAAGGUUGGUAUCAUCGGGAACGGGUCGACCGGGGUCCAAAUCAUUACAGAACUUGGUAAGGCAGGUGCCUGUAAUAGUCUCACUUCGUUUCAGCGCCAUCCGCAAUAUACUGUCCCGAAUGGUGACGGACCCAUCCCACCAGAAGAUCUCCGGGAGCUUGUGCAGGAUUGGCCUGGCACUUGGAAACGCAUAUUUGGCAGUCGAAUGGGCUUUGGUUUUGAAGAGGCCACGACGUUGACCGGAAGCGUGGACGAAGCGACUCGCCAGAAGGUAUUCCAGGACGCCUGGGACAAGGGCGGUGGUCUUCGCUUCAUGUUUGGCACCUUCGCCGACAUUGUGGCGGACCCUGCCGCUAAUGAGGCAGCUGCCGAUUUCAUUCGCGGCAAGAUCAAAGAGAUUGUGAAGGACCCAGCCAAAGCAGAAGCUCUUACACCACAUGACCUCUUUGCAAGACGCCCGCUCUCUGACGCGGGAUACUACGAGACUUUUAACAACCCAUGGGUUGACAUCGUUGAUCUGCGCAAGUCCCCGAUCGAUCAGAUGACCGCUGAGGGAGUACUUACGUCCGAUGGCAAGCUACAUCAGCUCGACGUGUUGAUCCUGGCCACCGGGUUUGAUGCUAUGGACGGGAGCUACCGCCGCGUGUCAAUCGAAGGCCGUGGUGGCGAGACGCUUAACGAAAGUUGGAGCGAUGGCACAAGGAGUUACUUGGGCUGCUCGGUCGCGGGAUUCCCCAACUUCUUCAUGAUCUUGGGACCGUACGGCGCAUUUGGAAACAAUAUUCCGAUCGCAGAGACAGUAGUCGACUUCGUCACAGCCAUGGUACGCGACGCGAUGCCACAGCCUGGCGGUCCUGGCAAAACGAUUGAGGCCGCCAAAGAAGCGGAGGACCAGUGGAUGGCGAUGUGUCAUUCCAUCGCUGACGCUACUUUGUUCACCAAACUGGAUGCUCCGACUUGGGUCAACGGCAGCAACAUAGCUGGGAAGAAACAAGAGCUGCAAUUCUUCGUUGGUGGUAUUGGGGCUUAUCGCAGCAUCUUAGAUGAUUGCAGAUCGAGUGAGCCUCGGUGGAAAGGUUUCAGCGUGUCUUAG